UAUGACGUCACAGUGACUUCCGCUCUUUUGCUCCGGCCCGAGCCAGGUCAGUGGGGAGUCUACUGGCAGACCUUGGGCUAAGUCCCGGGCGGCAGAGGGUGGGCUCGGCCAGAGGUGGGCUCCAGUCUCGCAUCUCCUGCGCGGCCACCUCAUGUCCAGCCUGCAUGAGAGCGGGUCCUGGCCGAAGAUGGGCCGGGGUUGAAGGAAGCGGCCUGCAUGAUCCGCAGGUCCGCCAGCCCAUCGCCUGGAAGAGCCCACUCUCCCUGGAAGAAAAACCAUCCUUGAAGAGGAUGACUGAGACGUUAUGGGUCACGCACUGUGUGUCUGCUCCCGGGGGACUGUCAUCAUUGACAAUAAGCGUUACCUCUUCAUCCAGAAGUUAGGGGAGGGUGGGUUCAGCUAUGUGGACCUAGUGGAGGGGUUACAUGAUGGACACUUCUACGCCCUGAAGCGAAUCCUGUGUCAUGAGCAGCAGGACCAAGAAGAGGCCCAGCGAGAGGCAGACAUGCAUCGCCUCUUCCAGCAUCCAAACAUCCUUCGCCUCAUGGCUUACUGUCUGAAGGAACGAGGUGCUAAGCAUGAAGCCUGGCUGCUGCUACCCUUCUUCAAGAAAGGUACGCUGUGGAAUGAGAUAGAAAGGCUGAAGGACCAAGGCAACUUCCUGACUGAAGACCAAAUCCUUCCGUUGUUGCUGGGUAUCUGCAGAGGCCUUGAGGCCAUUCAUGCCAAAGGUUAUGCACACAGGGACCUGAAGCCCACCAAUAUUUUGCUUGGUGAUGAAGGGCAGCCGGUUUUAAUGGACUUGGGUUCUAUGAAUCAGGCCUGCAUCCAGGUGGAGGGCUCACGCCAAGCCCUAGCUCUACAGGACUGGGCGGCCCAGCGGUGCACCAUCUCCUACCGGGCACCUGAACUUUUUUCUGUGCAGAGCCACUGUGUCAUCGAUGAGCGGACUGAUGUCUGGUCCCUAGGCUGUGUGCUUUAUGCCAUGAUGUUUGGGGAAGGCCCUUAUGAUAUGGUGUUCCAGAAGGGUGACAGUGUGGCUCUUGCUGUGCAGAAUGAACUCAACAUUCCACAAAGCUCCAGGCAUUCUUCAGCACUGCGGCAGCUUUUGGCCUCUAUGAUGACUGUGGACCCCCAGCAGCGCCCUCGCAUUCCCGUCAUCCUCAGUCAGUUGGAGGCAUUGCAGCCACCAGCUCCUGGCCAGCAUACUACCCAAAUCUGAUAAUAUCAGUGGGCAUGUUGGGAUGAUGACCUUAUGACCUUGAAACGGCUCUUACCCCUCAUCGGAACUCCUUUCCUUCUACUCAGGAUGGCUCUUAGAGCUGGGGCAAGGGUGGUGGGUCCUUGUAUGCUUUGCUCCCUUAUCCCAGUACCUAGGCAAGCAGCCAAGGGCGAGUUGGGAGAAAGUGAAACAGAAAAUAUGGCUCAGAGCUGGGCUGCUGAGUGUACAUCAUGUUCUGCCUCCAAAUCUGGGAGCAGGCGAAUAUAUAAACAGGAGAAUAAAGUGAAAAUAUACCGUG